GAAAACUUUGACUGGGUGGUUUCACAGGGAGCAGAGGCAUUUGAGUCAGGGCACACAUGCCUCAGCUGUGAGAGGCCCCACUCCCCUUGGCUGGCUGGCAUCCCGGAGCAGAGCAGAGGCAGAGAGAAAGACAGAGAAGACUGAGACUGAGGGUGAAGAGAAAGUUUAAGCAUAAAGUAGGCUAGGAAGUGGCAAACAAGUGGUUGAGAAAGUUGUCUGAAAGAAAAGGGAAAGGAAUAGGGACUGAGCUCUGUGCACCGUGGCUCCUGCAGGUUGUUUUUCAGUAGUGUAUUUUUAUCUGUAGCGAGUGUGCAGGCGGUUUGUAUUUGGAGUUGACAGCCAUGGCGGAUACAGGUGUCAAGAAGGAGCACGCAGGCUUAGUAGAAGUGCCUUAUGAUGAUGACGAGGUGGCUCUGGUGGGUGCCGCCGCUGAGCCGGCAGUAGAUGAUGAUGAUAACUCCGCUGAUGAGGUGGACCCGGUGCUGGCCAUGGGACCCGGGGGCAAGAGUGAGGCGCAGAUGAACGGGGUAAUGGUGCUGUCUCUUCUAGACAAGAUUAUCGGGGUGGUAGACCAGAUCCAGCAGACCCAGAAUGGGCUGGAGGCCCGGCAGGAGGCCAUGGAGAAGUCAGUGUCAACCAUCCAGGGGGAGCUGGCUAAGUUGUGCAAGAACCACGUCGGCACCGCCACCACUGUCAACAAAAUGCUGGAUAAGGUACGCAAGGUCAGCGUCAACGUGAAGACGGUGCGCAGCAACCUGGAGAAGCAGGCGGGCCAGAUCAAGAAGCUGGAGAGCAACGAGAACGAGCUGCUCAAGAGACGCAACUUCAAAGUCCUCAUCUUCCAGGACCAAGUGAAGCCACCGAAGACAUCCAAAUCCAAGACAGGAGAGACGGUAGUUGAAGGCGUAGCCGUGGAGGGCCUUGAGCAGAUCCCUGAGGGACAAGAGGGACUCUCAGACAAUCUCAACUCAGACGAGGAGGUGGAGAUCGAGGAGAUCAUCGAGGAGUCUCGCACCAAGCGCAUCCAACGCACCACCAAGCAGCAAGUGGACAAUAUAAAGAAAGCCUUCUCCAAAGAGAACAUGGAGAAGAGCAAAAUAAAGACAAAGGAGAACUUGGAGAAGACCAGACAGAGAACCCGCGAGAACCUGGAGAAGACGAGACAGAAAACCCGCGACAACCUGGAGAAAACCAAGCACAGCCUGGAGAAGAAGAUGGGCAAGCUUGGGACCCGCAUGACCCCCAACACGGAGCGCCGGGCGAAGAUGAAGAGCUCCAAAGAGAAGGCGAAAAAGUCCCUCAAUCCCGACCACACGAUCUACGCUCGCUCCAAGACCAGCGUGUACCGCGUGCCCCCCUUCACCUUCCACGUGAAGAAGAUCCGAGAAGGGGAGGAGGAGGUGGUGCAGAACACGGAGAUGGAGGAGGAGGCCGAGGCCGAGGGCCACCCGGAGGGAGAGGAGAACGGGCUGGGCGUGCACGUGGAGGUGGAAGAAGGGGAGCUGGUGAGGGUAGACAGCCCAGAGAUGGAGGCUCUGUUGGAGGUGACUGAGGACUCUCAGCUGGUCAUGGUGGAGUCAGACCACCUAAAGAAGGCCCAAAGCGAAUAGAGCGUCCCAGCUCUGCAGGGCUCUGGAGGAAGAGGAUGAAGAGGGGGAACGGAGUCUAAUCAUAAGGACACAAUAUUAGUCGUCGGGACUUUCUAGACGUGAUCACAAUCUAUGACAUCUCAUUUGUUCUCUUUUUACGGCACCCAACAGGGAUGACUUUCAUAUUUGCUCCUCUUUAGCAUACAAGUAGAGUAAAACAAAAUUUAGCUUUUGAAACAUGCUGCAGGCUGACUGAUUACAAUUAGGCUAUUUGCUGUUGGUUUGACAAAUUGAGUGGCUAUAAGAAUAAAAAAGGUAUAAAUAGUCUUUGCUAUUGAGGAUGUAAUGUUUAAUCUAAUAUUCGCCAUGUAUGAUAUGCACAUUAGUAGGUAUAUUAACAGAAAGUUGUUGGCAGGAUUUAUGCUUUAAUCGAUUUAGUGAUGUAAUGUG